AUGAACUCGCCUAUUACCUUUGACGUCUGCGCGACCUCGCCGGUGCAGUUUGGCGCUCCCUCUAUUGAGGCGCCGAUGACCGAAAGCAUGGACGGCCAGUGGGUCUCGUCCGACGACGCGCUGCACCAAGUGAAAGAGGCUUCGUCGCUCGGCGCGUGGAUGCUCGACAUGGCUCUCGACGUCCCCAUGAGCCAGCUCCAGUCGACGCAGGUGUACGUCCGCAUCUGA